AUGACGUCAGACGGGUUGUGCGCAGCGCCUGGAACAGGCGGCGUCCGGCUGUCGACCCAUCUUCCGGCGCCGCGCCGCUACUUGUUGCCGGGGCGCUGGGGCGUGCAAAUAUUUGUGGGAUCUCUGGAGGGGAAGCACCCCCUCCCACCACCCCUAAGUCUCGCUUGCUCUUCCAGCGCCGCCCCUCCCCGUGGCGCGGCGCCAAAGCGUCGCAUCGCCUGCGGCCUCUUUGGGGGCCUGUACGUGUGCUGGACGGCGUACCUCCUGCGUUACCACGGGAAGGGCGGGCCUGUGGAGCCGGUGCCGCUGCCCGGAGCCCCCUUCUCACACUACUACGCGCAGGAGGUGUCCGACGAGGGCAUCAUCAUGGAGACCGGCGUCUCCGUCAAAGAGGUGCGAGAGCCGGGCUGCCCGUACCUCACGGAGAAGGGACAGCUGCGAGUCCAGGUGGAGUGGGAGGAGUGUUACCUGCUCUUCCAGGCCACCUACCACAAGUACGACGACGUGUGUCGCAUCCACAACUACCAGAUGAGGCGGGAGAUAAUCGCGCUGCAGGCGGAGAACUACAGCCUGGAGCGGCAGCUGUUCAGCUACCAGAAGAGCAUCGCGUACGCGCACUCUCGCGGCGCCUACUCGGACGAGCUGGCGACGCCCGACGGCCGCGAGGACGACGACGAGGAGCCGUACUACGAGGAGCGCGCCUACUCGCUGGGCGACCGCAGCCUCUCCACCGACACCGAGUACGCCUGA